GCUGACUCCAUCUACUGUCAGAAGCUGCAGCUACGGGACCAAAAAAAUUGGGGGAGCUGAAAUCUUUCCCUCGUGUAAAACAAGGAGACUUGAAUUAUAUUCCCAAAGAUUCCUCUUAUCCCCCACAUCUUGUUAGUCAAUAGUUGCUUUAAACUUUAGGGAAAAGCUUCCGGUGCAUUGGAAAAACUCUGGCAGCAGGCCUGGAUUCUAGCCAUGGCUCCACCACUGACUAGAAAUCUCUUCUUUAGGCUGAAUUUACGGUUGUUUCAGAUUAAAGGAUUGAAUUAGAAAUUGAAUUAGAAAAUCUUUUAGGGCCUUUAUAUUUCUCUGAGGACGUUUCUCCCAAGUAUAAAAUCAAAGCGUUUAUUUGAUAACUCAGGUUCCUUCAAAAGCUCUUGACUUUGUUUUGAGUACUUAGGCUGUCGCAAAGACUUCUGAGUGACAUUGUAUACUUAAGGCUGUAUUGUACUUUGGGGACAGUUUAGUAUUAUUGCUAUUAUCUGGAGAAUCUGAGGAUGAGGAAUGAAUUGAGGAAGAUUUGGAAGAGGGGAUUGAACAAGGGAAUGACAUGGGGGAAUGGGAUGGGGAUUAUUGGACAGCUCACCGGGGAAGAGGCUUUAUGGUAAAAGGAGAAGAGUUGAGAGAAAUGCGAUGGAAGUGUUUUCAGAUAGGGUUUAGUUCUUGUAAAAAGCCUUUGUAUAUUCCAAGAACAGCUGAGAUUUAUCUCAAAUUGAGCAUAAUUUUCUCAUCUUGAUACUGUGUUCCCUCUUUCUCUUUUUUAUGACCAUUGUUUCACACAUAUAGAUCUUUAAGUCAUAUUUGAUUUAAAGUGUCACAUUUGAAAAAUGGACAGGAAUUUUAACCCCAGUUGUUGUUUUCAGGGCAGCACUAAAGAUUAAGUCAGAAUUUUUCAGGUUAGAUAAACUAUGUAGAAAUCACUUCCAUUGGAAACUGUGGACUUAAAAUCAAGCUGUAGGGCUGGGGAUGUAGUUCAGUGGUUGAGAGCUUGCCUAGUUGUUUAAGACUCUGGGUUCAAUCCCUAGCCCUGCAAAAAGCAAGCAAGCAAGUUAAUUGUAAAUUUUAUUUAAAUCUGACUGAAGUGAAUGCUUAUGUCAUCAAGAAGGAGCAUCUUAGCGAAAACACUUUGGAAGGAAAUAAGAGCAAAAUGUUUGGAAUGACCAGCAGGUAGACUGUUAGAAUAGAAGCAUUGGCUUUAAAGAUUGUCAUUAAGAUUACCAACUUUCCAUGAUGUUUGGUGGCUAUGAGACUAUAGAAGCAUAUGAAGAUGACCUUUAUCGUGAAGAGUCAUCUAGUGAACUGAGUGUUGAUAGUGAGGUGGAAUUUCAACUCUACAGUCAAAUUCAUUAUGCCCAAGAUCUUGGUAAUGCUAUUAGGGAGGAAGGACAUGAAGAAAAGAACUCUGGGAAUUCUGAAUCAUCAAGUAGUAAACCAAAUCAGAAGAACUUAAUUGUUGUUUCAGAUAGUGAGGUCAUCCAGCUCUCAGAUGGGUCAGAGGUCAUCACUUUAUCUGAUGAAGACAGUAUUUAUAGAUGUAAAAGAAAAAAUAUUAGGGUCCAAGCACAAGAAAAGAACCACAGUUGUUCUGCUUCUCCUCACUCUAAUGAGUUGGCUGAUAAGAAAUCCAAGAGGAAUAUUGAGAAGCCUAAAUCUGAAGAGAGAUCAGCUAUACUCCGAGAGGUCAUGAUUAUAGAGGUCAGUUCAAGUGAAGAAGAGAGCACCAUUUCAGAAAGUGAUAAUGUGGAAAGCUGGAUGCUACUGGGAUGUGAAGUAGAUGAUAAAGAUGAUGAUAUCCUCCUCAACCUUGUGGGAUGUGAAAACUCUGUUACUGAAGAUUUCUGCUCAAAUGUCAUCAGAGACUCUCUUUUUGGCGAAGGAGAAGAUGAUGUAAACUGGUUCAUCAGUGACAAAGACGUUGAGGCCCAGAUAGGUAAUAACAGAUCAUCCGGAAGAUGGACCCGCCGAUACUAUUCUGCCAACAAAAAUGUUACCUGUAGAAAUUGUGACAAAUGUGGCCAUUUGUCCAAAAACUGCCCUCUACCACAAAAAGUCCGUCCCUGCUGCCUCUGUUCUGAGAGAGGACACCUCCAGUAUGCCUGUCCAGCUCGAUUUUGCUUAGAUUGUUCUUUGCCUAUGUCUUCCAAUCAUAGAUGUCUCGAAAGGUCUUCCUGGAGAAAACGAUGUGACCGAUGUGAUAUGAUAGGCCACUAUGCUGAUGCUUGCCCAGAAAUCUGGAGGCAGUAUCACCUAACGACCAAACCUGGGCCACCCAAAAAACCGAAGACUCCUUCUGGACAAUCAGCAUUAGUUUAUUGCUACAACUGUGCACAAAAAGGCCAUUAUGGACACGAAUGUACAGAAAGACGGAUGUAUAAUCAGACAUUUCCAACAUCUCCAUUCAUCUACUACUAUGAUGACAAAUACGAAAUUCGGGAGAGAGAACAAAGAAUAAAACGAAAAAUAAAAGAACUGCAGAAAAAUGGGGAUUUUCCAAGGCAGUUCAAGAGACUGCACAUGGAAGCAGCAGAGACGAGACCACACCAUGAUAUAAGGAAGAGCCAUGGCUGGAGGAAAAGCAACAAGUGGUAUCAAGAAGACAAAGAAAUACAGAAGGAAAUGAUGAACAGGAGUAGAGAACGUGAGAAGCACAGAAAGGCUGACAGGCAUCAUGAAGUGGAUGAGGACUUUCCUAGAGGCCCCAAAACCCACUCUUCACCUGGCAAUUUUAAGACCCAGAAGCCUCACAAGUCCUUUCACCAUUCAUCACAUUACCACAAGCCAAGAGAAGACAAGCUUCCCAAAGAGGGCAAGCGGAGCAAGCCAAAGAAAAAGGAGAGAUAUGUGGAAGAUGAUGGCAAUGAUAAUUUAUUUCUUAUUAAGCAGAAGAAAAAAAAGUCUAAGCUGUGAGACAGCUUCUGGUUUGGUUUUAUAAUGUUCAUUUGAUCUUCAUGUCUGCAACAUUCUGGCAAUAUUUUUAUUAUUUAUGAUUAAGUGAAAGAAAGGUUUUUUGUUUUGAUUGUUUAAUACUUGGAGUACUGAGCAAAUCCUUGCAGGAUCUCAGUGCUUUAUCCCACAGGUUAUUAGGUAGAAACACAGCAAGAUAAACUGGGACUUCUAUUCCAAUGUUGUUUUUACUCAGAAUUUUUGGGAGAGGAAAAAUCAAAUCUUUUCAAUAAAACUUUUUAAAAAUACUUUGAAAAACAGAAAAUUUCAUCAAAUGUAAUUCAUCUACAAUAUUAACAGUAAAAAAUCUUUGCAGGAAGAGAAAAUAUUACUAAUAAGAAAAUUUUAUCACUGUUUUACAGCA